AUGGCAACAGUUCUCAAUAUAGAACCUGAAUCUUCAGAGGCUCAAGAUCAGGAACGUCUUUCUUUUGUUUUGGCAAGAUUAAAACCUGACAAGAAUGAUAAAAAAUCAGCAAUUAAAUUACCUUUGGAAGGUACAAUUAUUGACAUGGUAAAAUCUGUAGAAAAGGAAGCUAUCUCUGGUCAUUUGAAAAACAGAGCUGUUCGUGGCAGGGAUGAUGAGGCUUUCAUGGUUAAGAAAGAUGAUUUUAAUGCUUUCUGUAGUCCUAAGUUAGAUGACAAUAUUGAGGAAGUGCUAGCUAUUGGUCAUAUAGGCAAUUCUGUUAGAUCUGGAGUUAAUAUUCCACCUUUUCACAGAGAAUUAGAUAAUGAUUUUCGUCGUAUGGACAAUUCUGCCAGGGCACUUUUUAGAGCAGUUUCAUAUGGUACUAUGAUUUCUGCCUUUUUGGAUGAGGCAACUUGUGAAGAUGAUAGGAUUGAAGGACGUAAAGCAUUAAUUAAUUGCUUUAGAAGUAUGGCUGAUUUAUCAGGCAGAAUCAUGGCAAAUUCAGUAUUAAGUAGAAGGAAACUUUUUCUGAAAAAUGUUGACUUCAUUUGCAAGUCCACAGAAAAGAAGUUGUUAAAGUUGCCCGUUUUUGGCAGUCAACUUUUUAAUGGACAAUACUUUGACACAUUGCAUACAUCAGCAGAGAAUUUACGGGAUGCUAAAGAGACCCAGAAUGUUUAUAUUAAUGCUGGUAGUUAUUGCAAGAACUUUAACAAGUCUAGAGAUGAUGACAUCUUGUAG